CUGUAUGAAAAGCCUGAAAUACCCAUUAUUGACAGCUCAGCUUGAACAACUUGAAGGCAUUGAAGAACAUCCCUUUCGGCAUUUUGCGACUGAAAUUGUAGACAUUUUGUGGGAUAUAAGAGAAUUGAUACCAUUAAUGUUUUUGCAUCGUAAAGGCAAAAGUCCACACUGGGAGAAUCAGGAGUUUGCGGACAUAGAGCAAAAGAAUGCUGCAGAUUCUUUGGCAUGUCUGUCAUAUCUGAUGUUUGUUCAGCAUUUUGGUAUUGAUUGCUUUCCAGUGGUAUUUAGUCCAUCAUACCUUCUGCAGUGCAAUAUGAUGCAUAUUGAAGUGCUACUGAAAAGAACAGAAGAAUCUAUGUUAUCUAAAGGACUUGAUCUGUUUGAGAGCUGUUUAUUGAGAAUGGAAGAUAACAGCCUUCUCCAUCAGUAUUUAGAAUUCAGAGAUUUUAUUAACGUACCUCAGGAUUUGGUGAAAGUUAUGACCCUUUGUCCCAUAGAGCAUCUGAGAAAGAAGAGUUUAAAUAUUUUGCAGUUGUUCAUAGACAAGUUUGAUGCAGAGGGAAAAUAUACAUUAUUCAGGUGUUUACUGAAGACAAGCAACCAUGCUGGUGUGGAAGGAUACAUUAUUAAAAAUAUAAAAGAUCAGGUUCACUUAUCGUUAACGAAGGCAUGUGACAUUUGGUUUACAGGACAUCACCUGAUCUCCCUUCUAGAUUUAGUACUUUUGCUUCCAGAAGGUGCUGAGACAGAUCUUUUGCAAAACUCAGAUAGGAUUAUGGCAUCACUAAAUCUACUGAGAUACUUGGUCAUUAAGGAUUGUGAAAGUGAUAAUCAAACUGGUGUAUGGACAGCACUUGCCAAGAUUGAGCAAAAUUUCUUAAAACCACUGCAUGUAGGACUCAAUAUGUCAAAAGCUCACUAUGAAGCAGAAAUAAAGAGUAAGAAAGAAAACAGAAGAGAGGCACACAGUUCUAACACAGUUUGUUCAGUAACUGUUAGUGGGGAAAAGAUGCCCGCCAUGACCACUGAAAUGCAGCUUCAGGUUUUACACUCGGCUCUCUUCACAUUUGAUUUAAUAGAAAGUGUUCUAGCUCGAGUAGAAGAACUCAUUGAAGCGAAAAUAAAAGCUGUAAUGGAUGAAAAUAGCUAG